AUGCAAAGAGCAUCACGACUGAAGAGGGAGCUCUCUCUCUUGACGGCAGAGCCACCUCCAGGCAUCACCUGCUGGCAGAAUGAAAACCAGCUCGAUGACUUACGAGCACAAAUUCUGGGAGGUGCAGACACACCAUAUGAGAAAGGAAUAUUCAACCUGGAAAUAGUUGUUCCUGAAAGGUACCCAUUUGAGCCACCAAAGAUUCGCUUUCUGACCCCUAUCUAUCAUCCUAACAUCGACUCUGCUGGAAGGAUUUGCCUGGAUGUUCUUAAAUUACCACCAAAGGGUGCGUGGAGACCUUCCCUGAACAUCUCCACGCUGCUGACCUCCAUCCAGCUGCUGAUGGCGGAGCCCAACCCUGACGACCCUCUCAUGGCAGACAUAUCCUCAGAGUACAAGUACAACAAGCAACUGUUCUUGCUAAAUGCCAGAGAGUGGACUGAGAAAUACGCGAGCCAGCAGAGUAGGGCUUCCAAGCCUCUGGAAGAGAAAAUAAACCGAAGCGAAACGACUACUGCCAAUGAAUCUGCCAUGCAGAAAAGAAAAGGGAGUAACCUCAGCAAGAAGGAGAAGAAAUCUCGCCUGGCUUCCUGA